AUGUUUCUGGAUGAAGAACAAUGUGUGCCUGAAGCGUGUCUCGCUGAAAAUCCGGUGUCGCAGAAGACUUCUCUACAGCGACCGGAGGGGGAGCCGGACAGGAUAGAGCAAAGCCUCCUUGGAGGCCAUGGAGCAAAGGAGAUACAUCCCUCAUGGCGUCGUGACUACUCUUCAGUGAAUGCAAAGAGUCGGGAGGAGAACAAGCCCCGUUCGAGCCCUAGCGAUUUGGCUACAAGUGCGAUGCCAAACCAUUGGGAGGAUGAAAGAACAGGAAACUUACUUUACGAGUUGCGACGGAUUGUCCCGCAUCUUUCACCGGAAUUUGACUGCGGGGAGCGUGACGCAACGUUGAUUCUCUCCGCCAUACGAUCCGGCUCUGCCGCUGAAGGCACCGACUCUUGGGAACACCGUUUGUCUUCACUGGAGGCAGAGAAGCGGAUGAUACAAAGCAGACUUGAUCGUCGGAGCCACGAGUGUGAGGAACUGAAAGGGACCGUGGCUGAACUGAGACAGAAACUUAGAGCAACGCAGGAGAAUACAAAUGCUUCUGUGAAUGUGCUUUCUAAAAGACGUGAAGAGCUGCGAAAACAGCUUUUGCUUGAGGAGUCACGGAGCCAAAAACUGAAAAUUCGUAAUGGACAGUUGGAGAUGGAGCUGGAACGGCUUAAAGAGAUGUUGCGUUCACGACUAAGCAAGUAG